CGCAACACCACCUCGCCGAAAGCGAACGGAAUCCAAAGAGAGAAAAAAAAAAAAAGAUGCCCCCUCCAAACACCCCCGCAUCAGAAGGCGAUGCUCCCCCCGGCGCAGUAAACAUAAACUCCCUCUCCUCGCAACAACUCCGCGCGCUGCAAACCCGUCUCUCGACCGAGCUCGAGCAUCUCACCUCCUCACACGCAAAGCUGCGCGCCGCCCAGUCGCGCUUCCGGGACUGCGUGCGCUCUAUUAACGAUGGUGUCAUCGGGUCUGCGAAGAAGGGCACCCAGGGGAAAGAUGAGAUUCUGGUGCCGCUGACGAGCUCGUUGUAUGUUAAGGGGCGCUUGACGGAUCGGGAGCAUGUGCUUGUUGAUGUUGGGACGGGCUAUUAUGUUGAAAAGACACCCGCGAAGGCGAUUGAAUUCUACGACCAGAAGGUGAAGGAGUUGGAUACGAAUCUGACGGAACUGGAGAAGGUUGUGCAGACUAAGAGCUCUCAGCAGCGGGUCUUUGAAGAAGCUCUGAGGCAGAAGUUGAUGAGUGAGGGUGCUGCAUCGUCUGGUCAGGCUGCGGCUGCUGGUUGAAUAUACUCUCUCAGGGAACAUGAAAUAAAAUGAAGUUGUGGCGACUAUAAAGCAAUGACAGUGACGAAGGAAGACAAGAACAAAAAGCAGGGACGAAUGUAACAUAGGCCAUUAGUUCUCCCAAUCGAGUCAGCCCUGCGGGGUACCUAGUAUACAUCGAUAACCACGUUUAAUUGCUUAAAACAAGGUACCUAGAUCUGCAUUCAGCAUCCCGGCAG